CCUUAGCCUAUCGGUACAAUGUGUAGGAGCGCUAGCCAAUAGGAGCGUGAGUGUUCACAUGCACUAACUCCUGUAGAACACAGAGUGACUCUUUAAAGAAAGUCAGAAACACAAACAUGUAGUAAAUGGUUCUCAGUGGGAUGUCUUCUUCUGUCUCUCCACAGCAGCAGAAGAUGGAUUACUCUCUGGAGGACAUGUCCAACCAAUCGUAUCUGGACUACAACUACACAGACUACAACCUGGUCUCUCCGUGUGCUCCGCAGAACAACCACAGUGUGCAGCUGGUCGUCGGGCCGUACGUUCACUCCAUCAUCUGCAUCCUGGGCCUGGUGGGCAACAGCCUGGUGAUCCUCACCUACGCCCUCUACAAGAGGACCAAGUCCAUGACGGACGUGUACCUGCUGAACGUGGCGGUGGCCGACCUGCUGUUCGUGGCCUCGCUGCCGCUCAUCGUCUACAACGAGCUGACGGCGUGGUCCAUGGGUCCGGUGGUGUGCAAGCUGCUGCGCGGCUCCUACAGCGUGAACCUGUACAGCGGCACGCUGCUGCUCGCCUGCAUCAGCAGCGACUGCUACGUGGCCAUCGUGCAGGCGCGCCGCAGCUUCAGACUGCGCUCGCUGGCCUACAGUCGCCUCAUCUGCGCCGCCGUGUGGGCGCUCGCAGUACUGCUGUCCGUGCCCUCCUUCUACUUCUACAGCCGGUACCAGCCGACCCACAGCAGGGACUCCUUCAUGGACGAGGAGGAUGGGAACAGCACCGACGGCACGGAGUACGUCUGCGAGCUCAGGUUCAUGGACUCCACCGAGGCUUUGACCUCCAAGGUGGCGCUGCCCAGCAUGCAGCUGGCCGUGGGCUUCUCCCUGCCGCUGCUCAUCAUGGUCUUCUGCUACAGCGCCAUUGUUGGCACGCUGCUGAAGGCAAGGAACUUCCAGCGACACAAGGCAGUGCGCGUGGUGCUGGCCGUGGUGGCGGUGUUCGUGGUCUGCCACCUGCCCUACAACCUCACGCUGCUGUACGACACCGCCAGCAUGUUCAAUAUGCAGAGCUGCGAGGACGUGGACUUCCUGAAGACAGCCAAGACGGUGACGCAGACCCUGGCCUACCUGCACUGCUGCCUGAACCCCGUGCUGUACGCCUUCGUCGGGGUGAAAUUCAGGAACCACUUCCGGAGGAUUGUGCAGGACCUGUGGUGCCUGGGGAAGAGGUACAUCCGGCCCCAGCGCUUCUCCAGGGUCACCUCCGAGAUCUACGUGUCCACCCGCCGCUCCGUGUCCAGUGAGAACGGCUCGUCCUUCACGAUGUGAGGACGCCGGGAACAUCUCCGGAGGUCCACUCUGAAAAUCCUCCGGUUCCCUAGAGGUUCUUCAUUAGGUUCCCCAUUGGCACUAUCAUGAGCACUGGCUCCGUCACGAGACGAACCCGAGGGCUUUAACGCGAGACACAAACACCUGCUGCAUCUUUAAUCUUUCCUGACGUCUUCAAG